AUGAAUUUACAUCACCGAUACCGAAGCAAAAACGAUCCCCGACGCCUGCCCGGUACAAAGCAGCUCGGUUUGCGGAGCGCGAAAGGGAGGUGCGCACGCCCCCUGGCGGCACGGCCCCGUGCGUCCCAGAGGAGCCCGCACCGGCCGCGAGGACCCGCCGCCGGGACCCCAGCCUGCGCCGCACCCUCGCGCCCGAGUGGCCUGCGCCCCCGCCCUGCCCUGCCCCGCCCCGCCCUCCUGCUCCAAGCCGGCUUUGGCCGCCCGGCAGCAACCGCAGCGGCGAGCCCGGGCGGCCGCUCUGGCAACGCGUACAUCGACUGCCCGCGUCUUAGUGGCAGCACCAGGGCAAUAAAUCAGGGCCGGCGAAGGAAAGACGCUGCGCGCCGGCUCCCGAACCGCAACUUGCUGCGAGACCUGUCACUUCCCCGCGGUGCCCAGUCCUCGCCCCUCCCAGGCGCUCGCGCCUCCUCUUUUCUUCCUGCUCCUCAGCACGGAGCUCCCCUCGACGUUGCUCACGUGCCAGACUCGGGACCGCGAGCGGCGUCCGCACCCGCACGCACACCCGGCCACGCUCGCACUCGCGCGGCCGCGGGACCGGCUGCUUACCUCCGGGGCCUCAUGGUCGCGUCGCUAGCCUGGAUGCCCUGGACAUCAUUCCGAACAGCACAAUUCAAGGCUCUUGGGUAACCUCUUCCCACACCAACUCUGAGUUUCUCUGUGGCUUGUUUUGGACAAUAGGACAUUAGCAAAUGAGAUAUAAGUGCAGGCUUGAGAAUUACAUGGGCACUGGGGCUUGCUUGCUGGCUGCUGUGUGGAACCUGAGACUACCACGUGAAGAAGUCCGAAGUACUAGAGGAUGAGAGAACACGUGCAGCAAAGAUGAAGCAUCCCAGCUGAGAUUCCCCUAGACCAAUCAGCUUGCCAACUGCCACAAAAGUGAAUAAAGCCGUCCAAGAGCAUCCAGCUAUAAGAUGAGCCAGUCCAGACCAGAAGAAUCACCUGACAAACUGAAAGAUGUAUGUGAAAUAAUAAAUGUUUGAGGUUUUAAAUUUUAAGAGGUACAGAG